AUGGGAGAAGCCAGGUUGCUAACCUCCUUUUCCAGCUACGGGCUGCAGUGGUGUUUGAAGCAGCUCGGCAGAGAAGAGUUUCAGACGUUCAAGGCACUGCUGAGGGAGAGCGCUGCCGAGCCCGCGGCGGGCUCUCUCCCGCUGGCUGAAGUGGACGGCGCAGACGCGGAACGCCUCACCUCCCUCCUGCACGAGCACUACAAGCGGUAUUUUGCCUGGAAGAUAUCCACUGACAUCUUCGAAAAGAUGAGUCUGUCCGCACUCUCUGAGAUGGCAAAGGAUGAGAUGAAAAGAUAUUUGCUGGCUGAAAUGCCAGAAGAUUCUAUUCCAACAAAAACUGCCCAAGGACCGAUCACGGAAGAAGAGGCAGGCCACGCAGAUGACCAACAGGCCUACAAGAGUCACGUGAUUUCAAAAUUCGCCACGAAGCCGGACACACACUCGAGCUUCAAAGACUCUGCCUCUGACUGUCCAGAUGUGCAAAUGCUGCUGGGGGCUUUUCAUCCAGACCGAGCGGGCUUUCGUCCUCACACUGUGGUUCUGCACGGCAAGUCAGGAACCGGGCAGUCGGCUCUGGCCAGGAGGGUCCUGCUGUCCUGGGCCCGAGGCGAGCUCUACCGAGGCAUGUUCUCCUACGUCUUCUUCCUCCAGGCAGGACAGACGUGGUGGUCUGGGGAGAGCAGCUUUGCAGAGUUCAUCUCCAAGGAGUGGCCAGACGCCCGAGUUCCACUGGAGGAGAUCCUGUCCCAACCUGAAAGGCUCUUGUUUGUGCUGGAUGGAUCUGAGGACCUGGACUUGGCCUUCAAAGACGAUGACGUGGAUCUCUGCGGAGACUGGGCAGGGAAGCAGCCCGUGUCCCUCCUUAUGUGCAGUCUGCUGAGGAAGGUCCUGCUCCCCGAGUGCUCCCUGAUAAUCACGGCCACAGACACAGGCGUGGAAAAGCUCCAGCCCCUGCUCCUGGCUCCCCGCUACCUGCUGGUUGGGGGACUCUCGAUGGAGAAAAGGAUUCAGUCGCUUCUUGGGCACAUGAGUCGUGAGUGUCGGGAGGAGCAUGCCUUGCGCUGGGUGGUGGACAGCCACGAGCUGCUGGACCAGUGCCAGGCCCCAGCCAUGUGCUCCCUGGUCUGUGAGGCUCUCAAGCUGCAGGAGGCCUCAGGCAAGGGCCUCCCCCCGACUUGCCAAACUCUCACGGGCUUGUAUGCCACCUUCGUGUUCCAUCAGCUCACCCUGCGGGAUGGAUUCCAGUGCUGUGUCAGUGAGGACGGAGGGGUCACGCUGAAGGGCUUGUGCCGAAUGGCUGCGGAGGGCGUGUGGAAAGCGAAGUUCGUGUUUCACAGGGACGACCUGGGUGCUCACGGACUGAAGGAGCCCAGGCUCUCCGCUCUGUUACACAUGAGGGUCCUCCUCCGAGACAGCGGCCGCGAAGGCUGUUACACGUUCCUGCACCUCGGCCUCCAGGAGUUCUGUGCUGCCUUGUUCUAUGUUCUAGAAGGGCUGGAAGCAGAGGGGGGCCCCUGCCCUCUGCUCACGGAGACGAUGAAGAGUGUGGCGGAAGUCAGACAGAUGAGCGCCAACGUCCACGUGGCCCAGAUGAAGAGGUUCUUGUUUGGCCUCAUGCGCAAAGAGGUGACGGCGACCCUGGACGCCCUCCUCGGGUGCUCCUACCCGCUGGGGAUGAGGCGGGUGCUUCUGCACUGGAUCUCCCUGCUGGGCCAGCACGCCAGCACCGCCGCCCCCUCAGACUUCCUCGAAGCCUUUCGCUGUCUUUUUGAGACUCAAGACAAUGAGUUCGUCCGCUUGGCGCUGAACGACGUCCAAGAGGUGCGGCUUCAGGUGAGCCGGCCAGUGGACUUGAUGGCGUCUUCUUUCUGUCUCCAGCAUUGCCGGCACUUACGGAAAAUUCGGUUGGAUGUCAGAGAGAUCUUCCCGAAGCAUGGAUUUGCUGAGACGUGGCCCACCCUUCCCCAAGGGCUGCACUCCAAGCGCCUCGAGCAGCACUGGGAAACCCUCUGUGACGUGCUCAGCACCCACCCAAACCUACGACAGCUUGACCUGAGCGGCAGCAUCUUGAAUGAACUGGCCAUGAAGACCCUCUGCAUCAAGCUGAGGCAGCCAACCUGUAAAAUACAGAACCUGAUCUUUAAAGGUGCCCAGAUUUCCCUUGGUCUCCGUCAUCUCUGGAUGACCCUUAUUAUCAACCGUAACAUCAGAUGCCUGGACUUGGAAAGCACUCACCUGAAAGAGGGAGAUGUUAUGAUGGCGUGUGCAGCGUUAAGGCACCCAAAGUGUUUUCUGGAGUCUCUGAGGUUGGAUCUCUGUGGACUAAGCCACACCUGUUGUCAGGAGAUCUCCCAAAUCCUGGUUACAUCCAUCAGCCUGAGAUCCCUCAGCCUGGCAGGAAACAAGGUGACAGACCAGAGCAUAAAGCCGCUCUGUGGUGCCCUGAAGGCCACACAGUGCACGCUGCAGAAGCUGAUACUGGGGAACUGCGGCCUCGCCGCCGCCGACUGCCAGGACCUGGCCUCGGCCCUCACCAAGAACCAGAGCCUGACACACCUGUACCUGUCCAGCAACAGCCUGGGGAGCGAGGGCGUGAAACCGCUGUGUCGGGCCCUGAAACUGCCCGGCUGUGGUCUGCAGAGGCUGACACUAAACGCGUGCAACCUGGAUGUGGCUGGCUGUGGCUUUCUUGCGCUCGCACUUAUGGGCAACAGACAUCUGACGCACCUGAGCCUUAGCCUGAACCCCCUGGAAGACAACGGGAUGAACCUUCUUUGUGAGGUCAUGAUGGAACCGUCCUGUCACCUCCAGGACCUCGAGCUGGUGAAGUGCCACCUCACAGCCACUUGCUGCAGGAGUCUGUCCCACGUGAUCAUGAGAAGUAAACACUUGAGGAGCCUGGAUCUGGCCGCCAACGCCCUGGGGGACAAUGGGAUUGCAGCGCUGUGCGAGGGGCUGGAGCAGAACAGUCCUCUGAGGAGACUGGGGUUGGAGGCAUGUGAACUGACCUCUGGCUGCUGUGAGGCCCUCUCCUCGGCCCUCUCUUGCAACAAGCACCUGACCAGCCUGAACUUGAUGCAGAACAAUUUCAGUCUCCCAGGAAUGAGGAAGCUGUGUUCAGCCUUUGCCCAGCCCACAUCUCAUCUGCAAAUACUCGGGCUGUGGAAAUGGCAGUAUUCCACUCAGAUAAGAAGGCUCCUGGAGGGCCUGCAGCAAGUGAAGCCCCAGAUGGUGAUUGGUGACCACUGGUAUUCUUUUGCUGAAGAUGACCGGUAUUGGUGGAAAAGCUGAAGAAGUGAAGACCCUCCCCACCCACACCCAUUCUGAUGGAGGAACCUUAGAAGCUGUCUUCCCAGGGCCGGCUGUGCCCAGGGGUUCCUUCUCUGACUCCCACAAGCCCUCGUUGGUAGUGAUUCUUGUGUCCACUUCAGCUUGGUGGUUGCAUUUGCAUCUGAUGUAGGCUCGUGGCCUUCGAGUCUUAAGACCUCGGUCUCUUUGAAAUGUCUGUCCUACCUGAGGGCACCGAGGGAGAAUCAAAUAAACACUGAGCAUUUGGGGAAAAGUACC